GUGAAAAAUUCCUGCAUUGCAGGGGGUUGGACUAGAUGACCCUCGGGUCCCUUCCAAGUCUGCGAUUCUGCAAGGAUCUGUGCAGCUGAAGAGUUAAACCCACAGAGCUGCAAUUUCUAGAGUUGCACGAGGGAGGCGGGCUUGUGAAAGCCAGGAAGGGUUUUUCCUCCCUGGUUAGGGGGUGGGCCUUGGUUUUGAAUUUCUUUUGCAGCUGGCAUAAAAGGAGGAGGAAAGAAGGAGAGGAGAAGACAGGAGGACAGUGUGCUAGACUGGGGCAUGGAGGCGGAGAGGCAGGGAAUUGCUGGAAGAGAAAAAAAGACCCUCUUUUACAAUCGCUCUUCCUCUUCUGGGUAGCAGCCGGGGGUCUCUCUGCUGCUGAUUUUCCCCUUCCAGAAGAAGCAAACUCUUUGAGCAAGCUGGGUCAAAGGGUACGUGGACAGCGCUUUUCUAUGGGGUACUGGGGAGGGGCAGUAGGGCAGGGGGACGCCAUGGGGCAGGGAGCCUCCUAAAACGAGGGGGGCCUGCCUGCUUGAGCCUCCUACAAUUCCUGGGUGAUGGGGGAGGCUUCUGCAGAGCAUCGGAGACCAAAGCGCAUAGCAGCGUAUUGUUAACCUCUGGAACUCCCCUCCACAGGAGAGAAUAAUAAUAAUAAUAAUAAUAAUAAUAAUUUAUACCCCGCCCUCCCCAGCCAAGACCGGGCUCAGGGCAGCUAACACCCGGUAUAAAAACAAAUUGAUUGAAAUACAAUGUAAAAACAAGAUUAAAAUACAACAUUAAAAUAUUAAAAUACAGCCUCAUUUCAAUGGAAACUCAAAUCAAAAACUUCUUGGGGGAUGAAAACAUCAAGUCUUCACCAAGGCUAACUUUCCAAUGAUCGUCCCCAACACAGGCAGCUUUGAAAAGAGGAUCAGACUCAUUCAUUUGGUCUGAACUGGAAAUGGAUCUGCUUAUACCUUAUUUAAAAAGUGGGACACUUUUCUUGUGGAAUAGCCUCAGAUCGGAGGCCGCAUACUGUGCGGUAGCCUCAAAAUUAUAACUCUUGAUUUAACACCCAUGUUUCCCGUCUUUCCUUCUAGGGAGAAGCUCCUCGCGCUGGUUUUGGGACCGCCAAUAUCUCCUCCUCUCCCGUCCUAGUUCCCUGCUGAGCAUUUUGAUCCUCGGAAAUCAUCCCUGUGGAGAUCAGGAAGGGAUGAAAAUGGAGGAGCAAGAAUCGGCACCCGAGAGAUCACAGAGGGCAGGAAAAGCCCCCCAGCUCGUCCCGGCCACAAGUAUCGGGGAGUCUCUGUGUCGGACAGUUGCGCAGCCAAAGGUCAAGGAGGAACCCAGCAAAGGUCUUCUCCUUCACCACUGGGAGGCCCAGUGGCAGGAGUUCCUGAAGACGAUGGAGUCUCCUCUGCCUGGAUCGGGCGCCCCAUAUCUGCAUGGCGAGGUGGCCCCAUGGGACGAUGCCAAGGGCUUUCUGGCCUCCUUCGAGCGGGUGGCCGAGGCCUGCCAGUGGCCCAAGGGAGAGUGGGCGGCCAGGCUGCUGCCAGCCCUCCGAGGAGGGGCCGAGCAGGCCUUUGGCAGCCUGGAGGUCAGCGACAGAGAGGAUUAUGGGAAAGUGAAGGCGGCCAUCUUGCGCGGGGACACCACCACCCAGGAGAAGCAGCGGCAGCACUUCCGCCGCUUCUGCUACCAGGAGGCCGAGGGGCCGAGAGAGGCCUAUGGCCGCCUCCAGGAGCUCUGCCGUGGGUGGUUAAAAGUGGACCGGCACACCAAGGAGCAGAUCCUGGAGCUGCUGAUUCUGGAGCAGUUCCUGGCUAUCCUGCCGCCCGAGGUCCAGGGCUGGGUCAGGGAGGCCGGGCCUGAGAGCUGCUCCCAGGCAGUGGCCCUGGCCGAGGAAUACCUCCAGGCGCAACGGGAAGCUGAGGGGCAGGAGCAGCCGGUGAGGCGGUGGCGCGGCGCCGCUCACAUGCGCCUUGGGGCUGUGUUGCCAGGGGGCUCUUGUGGGUCUGAUCCUGCCACUCCCUGGGUUGUUAACCAAGAGAGCGAAGCCUGUCCGUUUCACGCCGCUUAAGGAGUGGAAGUCCGAUUCUGUGCCCCUAACUCGCUCAGUGAAACACUUAAUCUCAGGGUUGUGGGUUCAAGUCCCGUUUGGGGCAAAAGAUUCCUGCGUUGCAAGGGGUUGGACUAGAUGACCCUUGGGAUCCCUUCCAACUCUAUGAUUCCUGUGCUCUUCUAGGCAUACUCCCCAAGUAUCCCUUUUCUCCAAUGACAGUUCUGGAAUUAUGAAAGCCAUCCCAGCUUCUGAUUUGACCCCGGAGUGUCCCUAAUUCUGCUGCCAGUGCUGAGAUCGGGGAAUAGUAUGAGCCGGCACUUGUCCCAAGCGAUGGCAGCUGCGAGAGGGCAUCCUGUUUCCUCUCCGUGGCCUCUCCACGGCUGCUGCUACCAGCUUCCUCCCUUGGGCAGCUGCUAGUGGCUGCUGGAUAGCGGGUGAGGAGGAGAGGCCACCACCAUUGAGGCCCUGUUUGACGCACCAGCUCUGAGGGGCAGGCAGAGGACAAGAAGAAAGAAAGAGAUGUUUAGCUGGGAAAGAAGAAAGGGGGAGUAGAGCAGAGCACAAGGAAUCUUGAUUUUUGUAUAGUGGAACCUCGGUUUUCGAGUGUAUCGGAUGCUGACCGAUUUGGAACCCGAACGCCGAAAACUCGGAAGCAAUUGUUUUUGUUUUUGAACACGCCUCGGAAGUCGAACGGCUUCCGAGUCACAUAUCUCCAUUUUUUCAAGGGAUUUUACCGACCGCCCAUUGCGCCUUGGCUGUCGAACGUUUCAGAAGUCGAACGGUCUUCAGGAACGGAUUACAUUCGGAAACCGAGGUUCCGCUGUAUUUGAAAAAAGCGAUUUGUGCGUCCGCAUCUAAUCUUGCCCCUUUCUAAAAUAUAUUCAGUGGUGUGUGCUUCUCUUUUUGUUGAUCAACCAAAAAAUAAAAUAAAGCUGGGAUUAAGGGUUUGUCUCAGGAGGGCGUUUGUGCUGCGUCCCAUUGUUGUGGUUGUGGUGAAAAUGCUCUGCUGGGAUGGGUUGGGGGAAAAAAUGGGAGUUGGGGAUGAGGAGGGUCAUUUGAGUGGGGAGAGAGAAAAGCCCCUCUUUUCAUCUAAGGAGGGUAUGGCUGGGUGAUGGCUUCAGCGUGGGGUUUGAGGGAGGCUCUGGGUUUCCCCCCCAGGCCUCUCCCUCCUUGCCCUGUUGCUCUGUCCUGACGGGGUUCCUUCCUGAUGUUGCAGGUGGGAUUUGAGGAGGCCGCCGCAGAUGUCUCUGAGGAAGACCGGGUGCCGUCCGAUGUCAAACAGAGACCCCUAUAUGUGGAGGCCAAGCAGGAAGAUGCAAGUGAGGCCCAACUGGCAGGUAAGUAGGGCCACAUUUAGAGUCGUGCCCCUGGAUCAUGAACCUUCAUUGUAUUGUUCCUGUCACAUGCUGAAGACACAACCACUUUGACUUAGCGUGUGCAGAGGAGGGCAACUAGGAUGAUCUAGAAGCUAAGCCUUAUGAGGAACGGUUGAAGGAGCUGUGUAUGUUUAGCCUGGAAAAGAGGAGAAUGAGAUUUUUGUACAAUAUGGUAGCCAUCUUUAAAGAUCUGACGGGCUGACACAUAGAGGAUGGAGCAAGCUUGUUUCAUCCUGCUCUGGAAGGUAGGACUCGAACCAAUGGCUUCAAGUUGCAGGAAAGGAGUUAGAUGGCUAUCUGUCAUUGAUGCUUUAGCUGAGGCCUGCAUUGCUGGGGGUUGGACUAGAUGACCCUCGGGUCCCUUACGACUCUGUGAUUCUAUGAUCUGAGAGACACGUUUUUCAGGUCACAGCCGAUCACUGUGACUGUAAAUUGUCUUGAACUGCUUUCAGCAUUGAAUUUUUUUUAUUUAUUAUUUCUUUAUUACAGUCCAGAGACCCAACAAAUUGUUACAAAGCAAUGCACAAUUCAGACAGCUUACCUCCUGAUUAAACAAGCAUUUUGUUCAGACUUAAAGACAGGGAUCAUUGGUUCUUGCAACCACCGAUAAAAACUUCGCCACUGCUAAUGUUCUAGCGUUUGUCCAGCCUUCCAAUAGGAACCUGACAUAGUGAGCCUCUGAUUUUCCCGGGAAAGGCACUAGCAAGGGUAAUAUCAGUUCAGCCCUGGCUUGCUGUAUUUCGCACAGUGCAGCAAAAUAUGUUUUAUGGAAUCGAUGUCUUGGGCACACGAGCAAAGUCUGUCCUGGUAGGGAACUCCUCUCAACCUGCCAUCCAACACUGCAGAAGGAAAGACGUUUAGUCUGGCUUUGGUGAAUAACCUUCGAUAAUUUGGUUCUGAAUUUUAAAUUUCUGUAGUCCACUGAGGGACGUUAGGGCGAAGAAAUCAAAUAAAGAGAAGUAAGCGAAAUAACCUUCUUUUUCUCAUUUAUUCAGCAGGUAAAAGGUGGGUGGGCAUACCUGAGGGAGAAAGAUACACACCUGAAGAUGGUGAGGGGUUUUCCGGAGGGAGAGCAGAGGAGGAGAACUUUUCCUCGUGUAGUGAACAAGAAAAUGCCCCUGAGAGUCAUGAAUGGCAAAGUCAAGGCCACAAAGCAGAAGGAGCACACGAGUCUGGUUCCUGCGAGGGUGAUGGCAAGAACUUCAGCGAAACCGCGGACCAGAAGGAAGUCUGCACUGGCAAGAGGCAAAACACAUUUCGUGGGAAAAGCUUCGGCCAAAGUCCAGGCCUCCUUGUCAACCAAAGAGCCCGUGUAGGAGGAAAACCACAGAACAAAUGUUUGAUUUGCGGGAAGUCCUUCCUUUACAGCUCCGACCUUGUCAUCCACCAUGGAAUCCACACCGGCGAGCGGCCCUACGAAUGUCCCGACUGCGGCAAGAGAUUCAGCCGAGGCUCCGACCGCAACCGCCACCAGAGGAUCCACACGCAGGAAAAACUGUACAAAUGCCUGGCCUGCGGGAAAUGCUUCCUCUAUAGCUCGGACCUCGUCAUUCAUCAGAGAAUCCACACCGGGGAGAGGCCCUACGAGUGCUUGGACUGCGGGAAAAGAUUCAGUUGCAGCUCGGACCGCAACCGCCACCAAAGGAUCCACACGGGGGAGAAACCGUACGACUGCAUGGACUGUGGGAAAAGGUUCAGUCAGAACGUUCACCUCAAGAGGCACCGAAGGACCCAUGUGGGAGAGAAAUCGUACCAGCGCCCAGAAUACGGGGAAAGUCUGAGCGUGAGCUGAGGAAUGAAAACCAUGUUCCCAAUUACGUUUUAUGAGGUAGUUUGUGGACCUCAGCCAAGGUAGUUAUGACGUCACGUGUUUCCGUUCUGUUUUUUAAACUUUGUUUCCUGCUUUCAAGUUCCGUUUCCCCCCCAUUUUUUAAAUUCAUUUUAUAACACAAAU